CGUAGUUGAAAACUACUGCUCGGCAAAGUAUAAAUAUUUAUUAUGCCUUGCUGAUAUCAUAAUAUGGUUCCAGCACGUUUGUGUUGAAUGGGAUUAAGUCGGAGUUACUCAUUAGGUCUUACUUCGGCAUUUAACAAACUUGAGGGCGCAUAUUUUAAAACAAGUAUCCUAUUUUAGUCGAGUGCGAAAUCGUCAUUUAAUAUGGCCGUAACUUUCGACUAGCUGAAAUCAAAUCAUUGUUAGUUUUAGCAGGAUGAAAAUGACCUACGAGGGUCAUCAAUAUCCCAGGCUUGCCAUCAUGAAUAUAUUUGUCCGUUCUUUGGAGGUUUUAUUACAUAAUUUGUUUCAAUUUUAUUUUACAGAAAUAUUGAUCUAUAUUACUAGUCCUGAUAUGAAGAUGCCGCAUACAGGUCAGACUGGCGUCAACCAGCUAGGUGGUGUGUUUGUCAAUGGUAGACCACUUCCAGAUCAGGUUCGCAGACGUAUCGUGGAACUUGCGCAGAUGGGAGUCAGACCAUGUGAUAUUUCCCGCCAAUUAUUGGUAUCUCAUGGCUGUGUCAGUAAAAUCCUUACCAGGUUCUACGAAACGGGUUCCAUUAAACCAGGUUCUAUAGGUGGCAGCAAACCUAAGCAAGUUGCCACACCUUUAGUUGUAAGGAAAAUUCUAGAAUUGAAGCAGCAGAAUCCGUCCAUCUUUGCUUGGGAAAUUCGUGAUCAACUUUUGGCACAAACAAUCUGUGAUGAGAACACCAUUCCGAGUGUUAGUUCUAUCAAUAGAAUAUUGCGUAAUGCUAGUAUGUGUACGGAAUUUCCAAUGGAUGCUGAGAUUCUGACUUCACGUUAUGGUCCGGCAGGCCCAGCACGCCCUGCAUUAACAUUUAUGCCAAGUAGUCGAUAUCCAACACCGUGGUACCCGUUACCAAUACCAGGUCUAUCGUAUCCCAGACUAGUCCAACCACUUGUUGCCGAUCUGGAAACCAGUAAGCGAUUAGGAUUGGACACCUCAUCCGGUGAUCCCACAAUAUUGGGCAGCUCAAGUCUGCCCAGCGAUAAGCCCCGAUCAGCAAGAACUUUAGAAAGAAGUGAAGGGUCUGCGUUUAAAAAAAGGAAAAGUGACGUUGCAGACACGUCAAGUGACAACCAGACGACACCCAACAAAAAGAUCCGAGUUCAGAAAGAAGAUGGUGACAAGGAAGGGGAGAUAAUUUUACCGACCCCCCAAGAAGAAGAAAUCAAAAUGGCGGACAAGUGUUUUAAGCCGCCAACCACGAGUUUUUCAAAAGACAAUAAAACAUUUUAUAUGGGACUUAAUUCAAGUCUGGGUUCCCCUGUUGGAGUGUUCUCGCGUGAUUCUAUAUGUGUUCCUAGAGUAAUGCCAUAUCCAAUUGUAAGCAGCAGUCUAACUCUAGGACAAAUCCCACAUGGCCAUUCCGUCAAUCCUUUCUACCCAUUCCAUAUAAGUUCUUUCCGAAAUGGCGUUGGACAUGUUGCUCCUACAUGAACAUUAUUGUAAAGGUUCACCAGAUCUAGCGGUAAAAAAUCCCCAGUUUCUACUGUCUACGUUACCAAAUAAAGAAGACAAUUAUCUACUGGAGAGAAUAGCUUCAUGGUUAAGCUAAGGCCAGGAUCGGUGUAGACCUACAUAAUAGACCUAGGCCUAAUUGUUACUUAAGUGCAAUAUCACAUGACGUGAAAAUAUUUCAGAUGUAAAAUCGCUUAUAACUAAUUUCAUGGAGGAAUUAAAUACGUGAACACAUCUCUGUAUAGCCUAUGUGGAAGAGAUUCUGAGAUUCUUUUUGGCUAAACAGCAUGCUACUAACGUGUUCUUCCAGGGGUUUGUGAACAUUUUACAGAGUCGACAAACAUCUAGGAUUAACUGUAGAAAGAGAAAUGUCAUGCAUUUUUCUACGUUCGCGGCCGCGUGAAUUCCAGAAUAACCCUUACCCCGCAAUUCGUUAUUGAUAGGGCUACCAUUUCUGGAAAUCCAUGGCUAUCACCGUGUUCAUGUGCUGCUGACCAUAUU